UUUAUGCUAUCGAUUAUUAGCCAAUCUCCUGCGCCUGGGCAAAAUGCAGUUCCAUCUACUCAAACUGCUGCAAUAUGGGGCCAGCCUGCUACUGCUAAUGCAAUACCCUGUUGUGGCAAACAACCAAAACGAGACCGUCCUUACGCUAGAACAUAGAAUCGAGCAAAAAUUGGAAGAAGAGCAACGCUAUGGCAACAACAUUCCCUUGCAUAGAAAGAGAAGAUAUUUGGAGUUUCCCGAAGGAUCCUCAUUCCAGCUGGUCUACGAUUUGAUUGUGGGCAUGGUGGACUACACAAAUUAUCUCAUCCUGGGAGUGACUGUGGCCUUGGCCUGGGAAUUGCCCAGUAAACCGCCAAGCGAGAUUCUAAACGAUCUCACCGAUCGCUUAAAAGAUGGCACACUGGGAACUACACGAAACGACACCAUAACCAACAUCAAAUAUGUGGAUACCAAACCUACCAAAAACCAAAGCCCUCCCGACAACAAGUACUACACCAAUCUGCAACCUCUCUUCCGACCGCCUAUGCAUUGGCAGUAUUAUGCCGAUAGACGCCCAGACAGCUACUAUCGGCCAAAGCAAUAUGCGAAUUGGCAAAAGUAUGCCACCCGCAAAGAUGACUGGCAUCGCAAGGACAACUCUUAUUACAGUCCAAAGCCCCUACAUCCCUUCACAAAGUGGACAUCGAGUGGAGGUACGAAUAGCAGAAAUUCUCCACGCAUUACCGCCAAGUAUCCUUGGUGGAAUUUAGCCUCAAGAUUCAAUAACUCAAUGCGAAAUAGACCACUUGUUCCAGGAUCAAGGCGCUUCGACCAAAGACCUCAGCCCAGCCUAUGGAAACACGGACCGUACUCGCAAAGUACUGGUCGUUCGGAGCAUCGAGUAUUGCCCAUAUUUGGCAAACGAAGUGUAACAAAUGACAAUGCAAACGCUGACGUCCCAUCCCAUCGCCACCAUGGACGCAGCAUUCGAAGUAGUGACAGCUUUAGCAAAGUGGAUCGAAUUCACAUUAAUCACCAUCGCCAGACACGUCGUGAUUUGUACGAAAGGAUCGAAAGCUAUUUGGAAGGACGCGGCUCCAAUGGACAUCACUGUGUGCUUAGGGCUCUCUGUGAGACUGGACAAAAAGGCGAAGAGCAUGAACCUGGAUCCUUUGUGGGCGAAUUAAUGCGUGCCCUCUUCACACUACCCGAGGCCUUCGAUAGGGAACGAGGUUACAAGGAACAACGCUAUGAUGCUGCCAAUGGCCACCGUGGGGAUUGUUCGGCAAGGUAUCAUCUAUGCAAGGAUUCCCUGUGGACAUCGCAUUUUGUUAUGUAG